ACCGGGGAAGGCGUGUGCAGUGUGGAGAGAGGUCUAUCAUUUAUUCUGUAAAUACUAUGCUUGCGAGCAGGAGUCAGUUCCGGUACAGACCCAAGGGCCAGUAGGGAACAGCUUAUUCGACAACCGGACGUUUGCUCCCUUUUCCUGCCGCGUGCUCACCGUGGAGACGUCCCGUGAGUGGCUCGCCAGGCAAGCCGACAGGCCGACACGGUAUUUCGCAAUCGGACGUGCUUGGCAGACGUUCACUAAAUGGCAUGGGGAUAAGCUGUGUCGUGUGGUUUUCUUGCUGCGUUCUGAUUUUUGUGGAUUGAUUUUGUUUGACUUCUUGAGAGGAAAAAGUGGUCGGUGAUCGAGUAAGGGACACAGCAGCAGGGUGUGAUCGAUUCUCCGAGCAGGCCUGCAGGUAACAUAACGUGCAACUCUCAGGUAGUGCUUCACGUCUGCUAAACCCAGUCAGAAAACAGGAGGGGCGAGAGGAGGAGAGAAGCAGUCAUGGGUCUCAUUCAGCAGCUGGGCUUGCUGCUGAAGAAGAACCUCCUAUUUCGAAAAAGUCAUCCGGGUCUUUUGGUGCUGGAGGUAGUAUGGCCAAUUCUCAUCGUCGUCAUUAUUGCCGUCAUCCGGGUGGCCAUUCCGCCAGCUGAGAAAACAACCUGUGUGUACCAGGAGCGCGCCAUGCCCAGUGCUGGACUUGUUCCCUUCGUGCAAACCUUUGUGUGCAACCUGGACAAUAAGUGCCACUCGGAACAAUCACGCACCUCGGCCCAACAGACUGCCGCCAGAGUGAGCGCCCUGUUGGGGCACAUGUCGCCAUACCUGGCCUCAAACGAAACGCUGGACGCUCUGGACGCCGCAAGUGAAGGCACCAAAAUCAUCUCAGCCCUCAGUGCUCUCCUCAAUACCAGUCUGCUGAUGUCACUAGAAAAUGCAACUCACAUCCAAGGGUACUUCCGGGACCCGGAGAAAAUAAAGGAGAUGCUGGUGAAAGACUACAGCUUCACUCGGGAGGCAGCUGAUGCCUUUCUCAAGUCGCAGGUCAACCUGACUUCGAUUCUACAGCUAGUUCAGGAUCCGGACCUGAAGGGUGUCGCGUGUGACCCUAGUCGCCUGAGCAAGUUUCUCAUCUUUCCGCCUGGCACUGACGUCACCGCGGUUUCUCGCGCGCUCUGUGAUAUCAACGACUCGUCCAUCUCAGAAAUUACCCGGAUGUUGCUGCAGCAACUGGACGUCAGGGAGAUCGUUAGACUGAUCAGUCUUUUUGAGUCGUUGAGGAGAAGACUAGGCGCGCCGUACACGUUAGACGAGGGGCUGAACGACGUGGCAGAUAUGCUUGACCUCGUCUUUAAACUGGACAACGUGCAGGACCUGCUGAGGCUGAUAGCUGGUCUCGAGAACCUGCCUGCUAUCAUCCGCCAGAUUCCCAAAUGGAUCGACAUGCUGAAGGAUGCUAGCACUUCUCUUCCAGCGCUGGAAAGUCUCGUCACCUCUUUAGACCCUAUAGUCAGCUACUUCCACCCUGGCAACUCAAUCUGGAGAGCCAUAAAAGAAGGGAUGAGAAUUGCUUCCACCAUAACAGACCUCGUAUCGGGGAAGGGUAACGUCACAACGGAAGAGGUCGUCAGCAGCAUGGCAGCCUUCUUCAAAGACAACGUGAUAAGCGUCGACACCUUGCCGUUGGAAGUAUCUCUCUUGUUGAACUCCGUCUAUGAGCAAAAUCAAAAAAGCUUGUGGAGCCUCGUCUCUGGCGCCUUGAGCAGUAACGUGACACUAGAAUAUCUGGACAACGUCAUGGUGCAGAUACAGACCAUCCUUCAGUCUGUAUUCGUGUGGCCGACUGUGUCCAACUACGUGGCCUUCGGGACAGAUGUCCUCAAUGCUACCAACAUCAUCAUGGAACAGCUGAUAGGCUUUAGACAGAGUUUAGUGGAACUGGCACAUGGAAACAGCGAGCUCAGAAACUUAAUGAUGGGUAUACUGCAGUUGGGACCCAAUGUUACCAUUGACAUCUUAACGGCUUUCAGCGAUCCCGACAACUUGGCGGUUUUACUGACGGAUGCUGCCAGCUACCCCAAGAUGUGCUCAGAUAUAUUGAAAGGGGUGGCCAGUCGGUUCAACGGUGUGGUGACACAAACUCUCAACAAUACACUGUGUUAUGGCUCUUUGGCUGUCCACCUACGAAAUGUCACAACCACCUACAUUCGAAUUGGAGACGUCACGAAUGCUAUAAACCAAGCUGUCUUUGACUCCAGUAUUCUUCUUAUACCAACCAUGAAUGGACUGAAGGGGAAUUUAACAACAUUUUACAACGAACUGAAGAAAAUGAUCACCAACAGCAUAAAUCUUUGGAACAAUGUGAAUAGUACCUGGGCAAGUCUUUUUGGGAUUCAAGGCACAAUGGCUGAGUUGGUGAAGACAUAUGGCCACGAGUGGGAGCAAGUUCCAGAUAUGCUUAACCAGAAUGUCUUUAGCACUAGCAUCCUCAGCUUAUUCAAAGCAGUAAAAGUAGUAGGCACUACAACAACAAUAUUGGAGCCAUUUAAAGAGUAUGUUCACAUUGCCAGCAUUAUCAUGCAAGCUGUCUACAAGGAAAUGGCCACAAUGACAGAUGUAUAUUCAAGAAACUCACCACUUGGUCAGCUUGUGUACUACACAACAACCUAUGCACCAGAGCUUGCAGCAGCAGUCAUGGAUGUUAUAAACAACAAAAGCAAGAUGGACAUGAUGGCACGGAUUGUUACAGCCCAAUACCCCCUUGUAGCAUUAUGCAGUGAACAUAUGCUACAUCAGAUGAACCUACCAUUGUAUGUGCCUGUCAAUGAUUUAGAAAAACUUGUCUGCCUUACUAACUGGACUGACAUAGGCCUCCAGCUAAUGAGCAUCAGUAGCGGGGUGGAAAGUUUGAUAAAUGAGGUACAGACUACCAUGACUAGUUCCUUUUAUGCAAGGACCUACAAUGUGAAUCAAGACUUACAAUCUCUUCUGGACUCUUUGGUGAACCUAGUAGUCUUGUAUGUAUCAUCUGAUGAUUCAAGACCUCCAGGACCCUGGAGUUUGUUCAUGUAUGCCAACUUCACGCAGGUUGGCACAGCCAUAGAGACAGUUGUAGUGACUGUGUCCAGUUUUGAUAUAACUCAACAAACUCAACGUAUUGCAAUGUUUCUGGACAGUAUCGACCAGAGGCUCAUUACUUUACAAGAUGCUGAGCGGCAAGAAUCCAUAACCCAGUGGAUAUUUGCCAAACAUAUAGCCAAAGUGUUUUCUUUAUGCACUAAGGCUGUCUUAGACUACUACAGCAGCUAUUUUGAUGGUAUCACCUCAAUGCAGGAUAUGAUGCAAACAUAUCCAGUUGAAAUUCAGGUUGUGGUGCAGCUUACAGCUGAUGCCUAUCUGGAUUUUAUUGAUGCUCUCAAAAAUGUUUUGCUGAAGCCAGAUCAGUUCUUACGGAGAUUGCUGCAACAAAAUUUCAAGGCUCCAGCAUGUGGUGGCCCUACAGUGACAUCAAUGCUGUCUUUGUCAUCAGACAGCAGCUUUGGACGUCUUGAGACAAUAGUCUGUAAUACCAGCUGGAUAGACCUUUUGAUGAAGAAAGUAGUCAACCAACAAAUGCUGGAGUUAACCCAAGAGUUGGAAACUCUUCUUGAGUACAAUGGAAGCAGGUUACCAGAUGUGGUUUUAAACUGGACACAGAUGGUUGAUAACACUCUACACCUAAUCACCAUGUUUUCCUCCUUACCAAAUAUGACUUUGCUAGAUACCCCUGGAUUUGAACUUUGGCCAUUCAAUAUGUCAGCUAUUGGAAUUAAGUGGUCUCAGUUUUACCUGGACAUGAAUAAGCUUCAAGAUAUUGACUAUGGCAGCCUAAUUGAGGUUGUGCAAGAGUUAGCACUUGCAGCACAGCAAGAAGAAACUGGCUUGUUAUCUGAGGCUGGAACCUUUACACAGUUUCUUAAAACCAGUGCUUUUGUCUCUAACACAUUUAUGAAGUUCAUAAAUAAACAGCUUGCAUAUUUUAACUCCACAGAUAUAGUCAACAUUCUUGAUAUGCUUGGCUCAGAUGAACUAAGGCGUUUAAGCAGAUUACUCCAAUACAGCCCACAAAUCAAUGCAAUCGGGGUCAACACGCUGCUGCGAUUGAUGACAGUCUCAUCAUUUGCAGCCGUUCCUUCAAAUGCACAGCAGUUAGCAGCCCUGUGCACCAAUCUCACUAUUUUUAAAGAGAUGGUUGCUGUGGAUGACAGCAUCAUUGAUAGUGGGUUGCUGCAACAAACAGUCUGCAGCCUCGAUCUAAACUAUACAGCACUCUUCAACGAGCUGAUGCAAAACUGGGAUGGCUUUGGUGAACUGGUUGAUGCCGUAUCUUCUGUCUUGCAGCCAAAUGCUUCGCUGAUCCUAAAUACAACAGAAAUGAUAGAGGUGUACUCUGAGUUUAAUGAACUUAUUACCAGCCUAACAUCUCACACUCCUGCUUUUGUGAUUAUACCCAAUGACGCAUGGAUGAAUGCAUUGCUUUAUGCACCAUCAUGGGAGAGAUUUGGAUAUGAGCUGCAGAUGGUCUACCAAAGCUUCCAGAAUCCAAACAUGAUUGGAGACUGGCAACUUUGGAUUAGCAAGCUUCUGACCAUUUUUGAUGCAAUCCCUGGGCUGAGGUCAGCUAUGAAUAUUGCAGAUACUGUCCUGACCAUACUACAAAGAUACCUUGCGAUCUCAUUGGAUUUAUCACUGGAAAAUUUUAAAGGCUAUCCAAACGUGCAUGCACUGAUAUUUCUGCUGGAUAAGGUCCCAGAAAUUGUUGAGACUUUAGCCUACACCACUCUUCAACACCAAGAACAGGUUGUCAGAUGGGCAGAUGCAAUGAAAUCUUUGGACACAUUCUGUAGCCUUGAACCUUCAACCUUACUCACUGUGCCACCAGGUGUGUCACUUAACAUCACAGAGGUGGUGGGGAAACUGUGUUUAGUUAAUGUCACUGCACUGGUAACAGAACUCAGCGUGUUUCAAGGCAUGGACACCCUUCAGGCGCUGCUGGGUAGUGGAAAUACAACAUUCAUACUCAAUGUGACAGCUUUGUCCAGUAAAUUCACAGAAUUGAUUUUGAAAUUUGAGACUGUCAUCACAUCUCCAUCAGAUGUUUCAAUCAGUCUGCGUGUUUUCAACAUUUCCGUGUGGGAAGCUGUGUUUUCAAGACUUGGUCAAAACUUUGAUGGCUUUCAAGAAAAACUAAUGUCACCAGAGUUUUUUGAAGAUUUGCUAGUUCAGGUUCUUCCAAAGCUUAAGGGUUUGAGAGGUGAACUUGAUCAAGCACUUACAGUAGUGGAUGUUUUGCUGGACCAAAUGCUCCAAUCACUUACAGCUGGAUCUUUCACCAGUUUGUUUAGAGGGUAUCCAACUGUGCAAUCUGCCAUUAAGUUGCUCGACAGCUUGCCAGAGCUGUUUGAAAUGGUGACCUACACAUCCCUUUUCGCACCAGAAAAAGUUGCCAUUCAGUCAGCAGCCUUCUCGUCCUUUGAAACAUUUUGUGCAACGGACCUCAAGAGUAUUUUCACCGUCCCAUAUGGCUCAUCACUGGAUCUUAGAAUGUGGAGAACAGAGUUGUGCUCCUUGAAUUACACACUCCUGGUGCAGGAACUGUCUACCUAUCAAUCUGUGCAGAAUCUUCAACAGAUUUUUGCUUCCAAUACCUCAGCACCAGUAAAUGUGACAUCCCUUUCAAACAAGCUGAUGUCUGUGAUGCAACUCCUCGGUUCAGGCAACACAACAAUUAUGGAACUGGAUAGUCGAAUUUUUAAUGCCACAGUUUGGGAUGAUGUUGUGUCCCAUCUGGGCACUUGGGUGCAUCAGGCUGAAGCAGUGUGGAGCUCGACUACAAGAUAUGAGGAACUUCUAAGCAGUGGGGUGACUUCAGUGUUCAUGGCUGUACCAGAAAUCAACCUAAGCAUACGCUUUGUAUCUGUAAUCCUUGAUCAGUUUGAAGAAGUAUUUCAGGAAGGGCUAGUCUCGCUGUCAGGUGCCUUAUCAAGAUAUCCUAACAUCCAGAAAUUUGUUUCCCUUCUUGAGAACACACCUGAGAUACUUGAAUUAUUUGUACACACCUUGGCUUCCAUCAACGCUGAAGAUAUGUUGAUGAGAUGGAGCAGUGCUACUCGCUCCUGGGAGACCUUCUGCAGUGCUGAUCCUAACACUUUGCUGUACUCAGUACCUGGCAACCCCAUGACCCCAUCAAGCAUACUGGGGCGCAUGUGUUCCAUCAACAUGACUCAACUGCUCACAGAAAUUAGCUCCUUCCAGAGUUUUGAAAAGAUGAAUGCCCUGCUUUCUGGAAAUUUUUCAUCAGAUUUCAACACCACUGCUUUCAAAGAAAAGAUUGUUGGACUUAUUUCUUCUUUGGAAACUUUGAUCACAUCACCAGAAGUCUCUGGGUACAAUCUACGUAUUUUUAACGCAUCAGUUUGGGAACCAAUCAUCGUCAGACUAGGUGGUGAUUUUAACAAGUCUGUGGAUCAGUUUAUGUCACCAGAAAUAAUAGUGGAUUUCUUUAUGAAAACAUUUGAGAACAACCCUGAACUGAAUGAGACAGUUGGUAUAUUGAAGAAAAUUCUGGCAGUGACUGAUAUUGUAAUGGAUCAGGCCCUUCGUGUUCUGCAAGGAGGCUCUUUGAUGGAGAUGUUUGAAAAGUACCCAGUAUUACAAUCAGCUGCUGUGUUACUGGACAGUCUUCCAGAGGUUUACGAAUCUGUUGUUUACACAGCUUUGUAUUAUCCAGAUAAGAUUGCAUCCCAUGCUGAGGCAUUCUCCUCAUUUGAAACCUUCUGUACAUCAGACGUGAGCAUCAUCUUUACCACUCCCGUGGCGACCAGCUUCAACACCACAAACUGGCAGAAAUUGUUGUGUUCUUUUAAUGUAACUCAACUCUUAAAUGAACUUGCAACAUUCCAGGGCAGCCAGCUCCUUCAGGAUAUUUUGGCUUCUGACGGGCACAUCACGAUAAAUGUUACUGCAACUGUUCAGAGGAUUGAAUCCUUUGUGGGUCAGAUGGCAGCAGCUUUGACUAGAAAUAACUUGAUGGGAGAAGUAAAUGCAAGAUUCAUAAAUGCAGACUUGUGGGCAGAGACCUUGACAAAGUCUUCCAUUUGGAUAACUGAUCCAACACAGUUCUGGAUGACCAGCAAAAUAUGGAACUCCGCAAUCAUGGAGCUGCUGUUUCAGAGUAUCUCCUCUCUUCCCAACUGGCAGGAAAUCAUUGCUUACACUGAUGUGGCAUUUAGUCUUUUGGACCAAGGACUACGGAAAACUCUGGUGCCUAUACACACAGUUUUCCAAGGAUACCAUAAUCUUCAGACACUGUGGUCUUUGCUUGAAGAUGCACCUGAAAUGUUUGAGGCCUUUGCUUUUACAGUCUUGCAUCACCAGGAAAAGGUGAGCAAGUGGGCUCCAGCAAUGAUGACCAUGGAGACAUUCUGCAUGACAGAUAAAAAUGAGCUUCUGUCUGUUCCUCCAACUAGCAGUGUCAACAUUCAGAACUUCUUCCUCCGCUUGUGUACUCUAAAUUUGACUGAACUGUUAGUAGAACUGAGGGAAUUCCAGGGACAGUUUCAGCUGGAGGAACUGCUCAUCAACCCAAACAUUUCACUGAUGGUUAAUGUGACAUUAACAGUGAACAAACUUAGAGAUCUUGUGGACUUGCUGCCACAACUUUCAACUGCUCCCCUGGAAUCUAAUCUCUUAAGUCUUCGCAUUUUUAACUCUUCUGUUUGGGAAGCUGUGGCUGCAAGGCUAGGUUCAGGACUAAAUGAAUCUUGGAGCUCUUACUUAUCUGCUGAUGCAAUGGUGGAAGUUUUUGAGCAAAUUUUCUGCUCCUCUUCUACAAAUCUGACUCAAGCAUCUACUGGGCAACUUGCGAAUGUUUGCAGUUCCAGUUCCUUGGCAGUUGUAGACAUAGUAUUGACUCAGAUGCUGACAUCCCUUCAACUUGGAUCACCAAGGGAGAUGUACAGUGGAUACCCCUCAGUUCUGAAAGCUCUUUAUUUGCUGGACUACCUGCCAGAAAUAUAUGAGACUGUUGUGUACACCAGUCUAUACAGUCCACAGAAGAUCACAAUUUUGGCACACAUCUCUUCUCUAGAAACAUUCUGUGGACAAGACCUGAAGACCAUAUUUAGAGUACCAGAAGGCUCAAAACUGAACAUUACCCAAUGGCAGGCUACCCUGUGUUCACUCAAUGUUACAGAGUUUUUGAAGGAGUUGGGAGAAUACCAGGGAGACCUCAAUCAGUAUCAACAAAUUUUUCUACCGUCUAAUACCAGCUUAGUCAACAAAACAGCCAUUACAGGUAAAAUAAUGCAGCUGAUCGACCGAAUUUCAUCAUUGUCUUCAAGUUCUUCUCCUGCUGUAGGACUGAUGGAGUGGCGCCUACUUAACACUUCUCUCUGGAAUAAGGCAAUGAAGCAGGUGAUUGGCUGGGCUACAAACAGCAGCUUACUAGCCACAUGGAUGUCACCUGACUUUCAGAUGAGUUUGUUUGGAGACCUGUUGAAUACUUUUCCAACAUUGUCACAACAGCUGGGUUUCUUAGACCCUCUUGCAAGGUUCAUCGAGCUUGUGAUGGAGAAGUUGCUGGUCUUUGAAAAUGAAACCAGUCUUUCCUUGGAUAAAAUAUUCUUAGGAGCACCAGACAUUCAAAAACUCAUAAUCCUGAUUGAGGAGCCAGGUGUAAUUGAAGUACUGUUUGAAUCGGUCAACACAAAACAGUUUAAACCUCUUUUUGCUGCUGGAAAUCUGACAACAGCCUUUGCCAUGCUCUGUAAUGGUGGAGCUGGUCUGUCACAGUAUCUCACUGUGCCUUCGGGUGUUACUAUAGACCUAGUAGCAUUGAACGCCAAGCUGUGUGUAAUAAACCCACAACUCUUAGAGCAACAGCUGAUGAACUUUGUGGGCAUUGAGAAGUUUGCACGAGCGGUGAAUGGAUCAGAAACAGUUGACUGGGCUAAGUUUUCACAAGUUCUGAACCGUGUUGUAAACUUAUUUGCAAAAUGGAUUCAAAACCCACCACUAUUUACCUUACCCGCUGGAUGGGGCAAUGGGUCAUACUGGCUGCAGCUGCUAGAGUCCUACAGCAUGACAAGACAAGACCCAGCACGCAUUGUUGCAGAGUUUGAAGAGUUUGUGAAGAAGAUAGCUGACAUUUUACCUCAAGACCCUUUCCGACAAAUUGGUAUUCUUGUUGAGAGUGUACUGAAACUCAUCAACCUUAACCUGGCAGCACUACAGAACCAGACUCUCGCAUUUGAAGAUGUGUUCAGUAAGAUUCCUGCCUUCCAAAAUUUCUUCAACACCCUUGGCAUUCAAGGUGAUGCAUUGGAUUCUCUGCUGUCUGCCCCUGUGAACAGUACUCAGCUCUUUUUGAAGCUAAUAUUUAGUGAGGGUGUGAAUAUUCAGGACUCUGUUUGUGCCACAGGCAGAUUGGAGGAGCUUCUUCAUCUCUCUACAACAUCGGGGACAACAGCGCUUCGAGCUGCCAUCUGCUCAAGCAAUUUCAUACAGAUACUGGCAUCAGUUUCAGAUGAAUUCAACAUCCAGGAACUAAUUGACAGCUUGGGUUCAGCAAAUGUUUUUGCUAACAUGUCUGCAAUUUUCAAAGAAGUGGAAAAGCUCCAGCACAAUAUAGAGAACUUGAUGAGAAAUCCUCCAUCCUUCAAUGCCAGCAGUCUAUUUGGCAUGAUAGACAAUCCUAACAUUUUGACAGACAUGUGGCGCCUUGCUGGGGAGUACACCUCCCUCAUGGGGGGAUUUGUGGCUGAUGUUCCACAGCUGCAGGUUGUUGACAGUUUCCUAAAGAGCUCAGCUGUGAUACUUGAGUUUUUGGAUGCAUUUACCCGCAGGCUAGCUAUACAAGGUGGAUCGCUAGACCUUUCAUCUGUGUUUUCCGAGAGUCCCACAUUCCGCAAGAUGGUGGAUGCAAUGUUAGAGACUCAGCCUGACAUAGUCACUGCAUUUCUUACCAUCAUUAUCAAGCCAAGCAAGGAGAUAGAAUUUUCAUCAUUGGUACAAACUCCAAAUGCUUUGUACCAAACAUUCUGCCUGAGCACUGAGUACUAUUCUUUCCUGAUGGUUCCUGACACAGUCAACAUCACCCAGGUGCUGAGAGUCUUCUGUAGUCUCAAUUUCACACAGCUGGAGACUGAACUUGGCCAAAACUUCAUGAUAAAUGCCUUGACUGAAAAGAUCCAAGCAGCUAUGAACAUCACUCAGCCACUGGACAUCCAGGCUGAAUUUGCUGCCUUUAACAAUUUAAUGGAGCGCUUUACAAACCUAUCCAGCAUAUCGUCUGUGACCUUUGAUGGAUACAAUCUUGCAAGACUAGCCAGCAUGAAUGUGACAAUUAUUACAGAAGCUUGGGAAUCCUAUCUGAAGACUUUGGAAGAGGGCUUUUCAUUUGCAAAUCCAGACCUGUUUUUGUCUCUGAUAGAGGGUCUUGUAAGCAGUACAGGAGAGAAGCACAUUGCUUUUGCUAUAAAAGUGGCACAGCUUUAUCUGCACAGCCUUAAUAGCUUCUUCGAUGACCUAAAAAAUCGACCAAUCACCUUGGUGGCAUUAUUAAACAAUACUGAAGUUGGACAAAUUGUGAUUCCCUUUAUUGAAAACCCUUACAGUGUGGAGGAGCUGAUGAAUCUAGACUUGCUGCCUAAACAGCUGGCAGCUCUCUUCAUGGAGAGGGAUGUUUUAGCAGCUCUUUGUGGGCCUCAGCUGUUUUCGGCCUUCGCUCCCCCUGGCAACAGCAGUAGAGUGCUUCAGCAGCUGCAGCAAUCUGUGUGCAAGACCAACUCCACUGUCAUGAUGUGGCAAGCCAUUAUGGGCCAGGCCAAUGGAUAUCAGCUUUACCAGCAAAUAUCAGUUCUCUGGAGUGCUGUCCUUACUGGCAAUGCUAACUUGAAUGUCAGUGGAUUUAGUGCAGAAGUCCAGCACCUCGUAGCCACAGUCAUCCAGCUUGUGUCAGAUUAUGAGAAUGGGUCACGAUCAUCUGAGGACUUUUUAGACUGGAUUGAGUUCCAAGAUGUCUUAAACAGACUAGGAAGCUCCUUUGGACAGAGGCUUAUGAAUCUUACAAGUGUAUGGUCUGGCCAGCUGGCAGAGUUGGUAUGGCCCUCUCUUGGAGAUUCUGCUGUGGCAUCUGUUAUGGGUCGGACAAUAAACACCAUGAAUAUCUUCAUGGAGAUCAUCAACAGCUGCCUGAAUGCCACUCUAGAAGAUGGAGUCAGCAUGUCUAUGCUUCUAGGUCAGAGCCAGACCCUGGUUAAUCUGAUGCAAGCCUAUCUCAAUGUCACCCAACUAUCAUUUCAGUCCUGGCUUCAAAACCAGUUUAGUCUUGAAAGGAUGGUACAGGUAGCAUCCAACAUGACUUUGCUGCAAAACUUGUGUGGAUCAAGAUCCCUGGCUGUGUACUUAGCAAACUCCACAUCAGUUACUCCCGCUGUCUCAAGUCUGGAGACCACUAUGUGCUCUUUAACAUCUUCACUACCUGAAGCUUUUCAGCAGUUUAUUGACUACAUAGAACUUCAAUCUAAGCUGACAACAAUUUGGAACAUGAGCCUGCCAGUUAUACCACAGUUUCAGCAGUAUGUUGACAACAUCAACACAUUUGCCACACUACUGCAGCAUUUGGCAAAUUCACCUCCUGUAAUUGACCCAAAACUUGUUGGCCAGUUCCAGUUCAAAUCUUUGCUCGAUGCCUUGCAGAACAUUGUUGAGAACCCCCAGAUACUGUUCAGAAUUUUGUCAGCCCUUGGCAUUGCCAUUGAUGGGCCAUUGAGGAACACAGAAUUUGAAAGAAUGCUCUUUGGAAUCAAUAACUUCGUUUCUGUACCAAUGGUGAACCUUCUGGACAAGUUCAGUGCUGCUGGACUGACUUUAUCAGCAAUCAUUCAAGAUCCAAACCGUCUGCUUGAUGCCUUGCCAGUGCUCACUGAUUUUUCUUCAUUGUACAUCCUGAUGAAAUCAGCAUCGCUGCAGCCAAUGCUUAAUAGAUUUGCAAACCACCCAACCUUCCUCAAUAACACAUUCUGCAAUGGGAGUCUUCCAGACUCCAUUUUUACAUCUGCUGGACUUGAACCCUCUGUCACAAAGAGAUUAUGUCAGGUUCCUACAUCACUGUGGAUUAAAGAACUUGAGAAGUUUGGGGCCACAGAUGUCCAGAUCUAUGCCUUUCUUGUUGAUGUGUACAGGUAUUUCAAGUAUGCCAGUCUGAACUGCGUAACCACAUGUUAUUCAGAUGACUAUGGCACUUCGUGCACUGGGACAUGUAAUUUCAUGUUGGGGGACAUGACAGACCACAGCAUGGGUUGGAUAACACUUAUGAACAGUCUGGAGAGGCUGGCUACAUACUUCAGCACCACUAGUGACAGCAGCCAGCAAAGUGUCAAGGAUCCCUUGAGCCGUAUAUGGAACAUCAUGAAAACUGCUCUGCUAAAUAACACUGUGCACACCCUGAUGUCUGCCAUGGAGAUUGCUGACCGCACAAGUUUUUUGUCUGAGGACUGGCUGGCCUUCAAGCAGGUUCUCAGGUUCCUUAACUCAGCAGGACAGUUUUUGAAUGGCGUUCUCCAUGAUGUGACAGAUGGAUCAGGAAGUAUCAGACUGAAGAAUCUGUUACCAGACUCAGAGAAAGUGGUUAAACUCCUAAAUAACAUUUUUGGUCCAACCUCAGCAGCUGAAAUGUUGGCUGCUGCUGUUAAUCCUUCUUUGAUCUACAGGUUGACCGAUCCAGCUCAGCUCGAGAACAUAGUGUGUAACCCUCUGUCCUUUAACAAGACUUUCACUUUCCCAAGUGGUAUAGCCAUGUCAGCAAUACAACAGUCUUUCUGCUCUGCUGUCACCAACCACAGUUCAAGUUUACAGGAGCUGCUGGAUAUGUUUAACACAGGGGACAUGCUGCUUGAGCUUGAACAGCUCAUUUUUAGGGACUUCAGGAAUGUCUCAUCUGACUACAGUAUAUGGGAAGAUAUGUACAGAACAAUGCAGUCUCUUGUGACAGGCAUUGAGAAUUUACAAAAGGGGACCAUUUAUGCUGAGGGCAGUGAACCCUGGCUCUACAUACUCUUACAGCAACUUCUGCGUCUGGUCUCUUACUCAAAUAGUGUGGAGAUGCUAUGUGAGAAUUAUGUCAGCAUCCUCCAAGGGACCCAGGCUUUUCAGGAAAGCCAGAAAGCACUGAAAAUAGUGGCUGGGCUAAUGAAGAUUUCCAGCAAUGUACUUGCCUUUAUUCCAGUAUUAGAUGACGUUGCCUGUGCCAUGGUCACAGACAAAGGACUUGAUAUUGCUGCUGGUGUUGAAGCCCUCAAAACAGCUGGUUUGUGGAACCUUUUUGAUGAGAUUACCCAGCUGAUGACAAAUAGCAGCAGCUUUGAGUGCAGCCCUCUUGUUCAGUCCGGGAGUGAGAUCUACUCAUCAUUCCAGACCUUGUUUUCUUCCCAAGGACUAAAUACUACUCAGCUUGGAUACUGCGUUCGGCAUGCAGGGCCAAUGUUUGCAGACACUAUAGGAGCAGUUAACCAGUUAUAUCAAAUUUUCACGGAAAUGUUAGGGUUAAUUGGAACAGAAAGUCUGGGAUCUUUGCUAGGCAAUAAGGAUGUUGGAGAUAUCCUUCACUUUGCUGCAUCUAUCAUGAACAGCCAAAAGUCAGCUGUUCUUCGGUUUGAGGACCUCUUGGUCAACAGCACAGAUGUACAAUCAUACCUGUCUGGACUUGUACAUCUUACACCUGAUGUCAUCACCUCACUCUUAGAUGCCACAAUCAGUUUAAAUGCGUCAUUGUUCUUGAGUGGCAAUGUGCGUGACAUUGAGCAAACACUUUGCAAUGCAAACCUGUUGGGAACUGUGAUAGAGCUGCCAAGUUUCUCUCCAGUGACCAUCUCUGAGCUAUCUCGACUGUUGUGUACAGCAGAUGUGAAUGUUACAGCAGUGUUGUUGAAAGAUGCAGCAAAGACAGCACUUUCAGUCACACAGAUUGUAGCAUCACUCACAUCUGCAUCAUUUGAAAAGCAGGAGAUGAUGAGAAACCUGACAAACAGUAUCGCAGAUCUAAUCUCUGGAUUACAAGGAGUUACAGUCCUGUUCGAUAUGUUUGGUGGUGGCUUCAACGUAGAAGAACUUAUGAAAAAUGCAGAUGCUAUUGAUUCUCUUCUGCAAAGCUUAUCCCUUCAAAGAAUAGUGAACAGCUUGAAGACCAUCAUUGCCAGUCUCCAGUACUUUGUACCAGAAGAAAGCAAGUCUGUGCUAAGAGAUCUGCAAGUUUUUGUGGAUGGCUUUGUUGGUCUGGACCUUAUACAAUCAUUCAUGAUCAGCGCAACACGUGUUUCUGAUGUAAGCAAGGAUGUUGCGGCCAUGAGGAAGUACCUUAUGAAUGACCUUGGUUUCAAGGAAGAUGUGGCAAAUGCUUUACUUGACAGUUCUUAUUCCGUUCGUGUGUUUCUGAAUGCCAGUUCGCUGGUCCAGGAUGAUGAGUCAUGUAGCAGCAGACUGCAGAAGUUUCUCAUCCUCAAUGGAACUACAGAGCAGAAGAGGGAGAUAACCAGCAAGUUUUGCAGCUUGAAUGAAACAGAAGUGGCAUCUUUUUUUGAUUUCAUGAUACCCAACCUUGAGAUCGGUGACCUUGUUCAGAUUUACGUGGCCAGUUCAGGUAAUGCUUUCCUUGCCAAAAUAAACAUGACAAAGGAGGGUAUCAGCACCACAUUGAAGAAGCUAAACAGCGGAAGCAGUGCCUUGCAUGGAGUGGCCAGCUACCUGUUGAGCAAUGAUACAGGAGCCACAAAUCUGAAUGAAAUCUUAGCUUUUCCUGAAGGAGACUCACAAGGUUUGAUGGCACUCCAGCCAGUUUUGUGUGGCAGUACUGAAUCUGUAGCAGAUUCAUUUGGAAUCAAUAGUAUUAUCCAGAGCUCUGACUAUGAUGCCAGUGCCCCUGAUCCUGAAGAGGCUCUAAUAAAGGGAGACUUUUGCAAGCAGAUUUACCGCACUAUCAGGCAGACUGCUUUUGGUUCAGCUGCCUGGACAUACAUCAAACCAAUCAUGUCAGGCAAAGUAUUGUACACACCAGAUACGCCAGUCACUCAGAGGAUCAUGCAGGAGACGCAGUGGGUUUUUAACACAAUAUCAGAGGUGAAGCGAGUGGCAAAGAUUUGGUCUGAGAAAGCCUCUCUUCUUGCUGGCAUGACAGAUGGAAGCUAUGACUUUACGAGCAUAAGGGAAGCACUGAACAAUGACUUUAUACAAGGUAUGAUGUCAUCUGCUGUUGGGGUGGAUAGCAGUGGUCUCAUCCAGGGGCUAGAUGCCAUCCAGUCUAAUGAUUUCAAUUCUACAUAUAUCAGGCAGCUGAGUUCUGUUGCAGAAGUUGUGUACAACUAUACUUCCUGUAUUGAUUUGGAUAGAUUUGAAGCAGUUUCCACUGAGGCUGAACUUGAGGAAAAAGCUGAAAUGCUAUAUAAAAAUAAUACUUUUCUGGGAGGUAUUGUCUUCUUAAACAUUCCAAACUCUAAUUCUCGUAAAAAGCGAGAUACAAAGCAAGAAUUACCAAAGCAUAUCAUGUACAAAAUCAGAGUGGAUAUGGACAAUGUGAGGACAACAAAAAUGUUAAAGGAAAGAAUAUGGAUUCCAAAACCUGAUGAUAAUUUUGCAAAUGACCUGCGAUAUAUGCGAGGCUUCAUGCAACUUCAAGAUCUUGUGGAGAGUGCUAUUAUCCGUUUGCAGACUGGCAUGGCUCUUGAGAAUUUUACAGGCGUCUCCCUCCAGCAGAUGCCAUUCCCCUGCCACAAGGAAGACAUGUAUCUUUAUCUGCUUGGCUCAUACCUUCUCCCAGUUCUCAUCACCUUUGCAUGGCUAGCAGCUCUGGGAAUAGCAACACACAUUCUGGUCUAUGACAGACAGGAUGGACAGGAGGAGUCUUUACGUGUGAUGGGCAUGGUGACAUUCUUCAACUUUUUUGCUUGGCUGUUUGUCACUUUGUUGCUGAUGGCAGUAGUGUCUGUUGUGGUGACACUUAUCCUGAAAUAUUCUGGAAUAUUCUACAGUAGUAACUGGCUCAUCCUCUUUCUGUACUUCAUGGCUUUUUGCUUCAGUUCAACAGCAAUGUGCUAUCUUGUUGGUGCAUUUUUUACAAGGGUCACUCUUGCCAUUUUGACAAUGCUGAUUAUCUACCUUCUGUCCUUCCUGCCCUACAUAGUCCUUGUCUCAAUGAAUGUCAAUAUGCAACAGUGGCAGAAAGUUCUUGCUUGUUUGUCCUCAACUACAGCCUUUAGUUACGGAGGCUUCUUCAUAACAAGACUUGAGCAGGAGACAAUGGGUAUUCAGUGGAGCAACGUGUACAGCAGCAUGGGUGAUUCACUCAACUUUGCAUGGAUGUGUUUCAUGAUGCUGAUUGACAGUGGCAUUUACCUGAUCAUAGGCUGGUACAUCAGGAAUGUUAAGCCAGGAAAGUAUGGUGUAGCACAACCAUGGUACUUCCCACUUUCUCCCAAAUACUGGUGCAGCUGUCUUUUCUUUCGGUCACAGCCUCAGCCGUCACCUCCUAGUAUUCAAGAUGAUGUGCUGUAUGAGAAUCCCCCAACCAGUCUGGACAUUGGAAUCAGUGUGCGUGGCCUACGCAAGACAUUUGGUAAGACAGUGGUGAUUCCUGGCCUUGAUGUUGACAUUUACUGCGAUCAAGUCACCACUUUACUGGGUCACAAUGGAGCUGCCAAGACAACUGCUAUGAGCAUGCUGGUGGGGGUUCUAAGUCCUAGUGGAGGAGAAGUUUUGGUAGGUGGAAAACCAGUCACUGGCAAGACAGGGAUGCUAGGAAUCUGUCCACAAAACAAUUGCCUGUUUGAGUUUAUGACUGUUAUGGAGCAUAUGGAAUUUUAUGCUGGUGUCAAAAGUCAUCAGUCUGCUGCUGAAACCAGAGAAGAAAUCUGGAAACUCCUUCAUGAUGUGGAUCUGUGGUACAUGAGAGAUGUGCCUGCCACAAAGUUAUCUGGUGGAAUGCAGCGACGUCUUUGUGUUGCACUUGCAUUUGUUGGAGGGUCAAAAACAGUCGUUUUGGAUGAGCCAACAAGUGGUGUUGAUCCCCAUGCACGUAAAGACAUCUGGAAUCUCAUUGUCAAAAACAAACCAGGGCGGACAAUUCUCAUGUCAACCCAUCAUCUGGAUGAGGCAGACAUGCUGAGUGAUCGAAUCCUAGUGUUACACAGUGGUCGUCUGAGAUGUGCAGGCUCGCCAGUUUUUCUGAAGGACAGACUGGGCGGAGGCUACAAGCUGACCCUGAGUAUGCUCCCUUCACAGCAUGUGCAGGAUGAGACUGAUGAAAAGGCCUCCACAUCUUCAAGUUCAUCCAGCAUAGAAUCGUCCACCCAACAAACACAGCUGAUGACAUUCAUCAAGUCCAGGAUACCUCAUGCCACUGUUGUGGAGAUUGUUGGCACAGAGCUUACAGUCCGCCUGCCACACAGUGAAUCAGAUGAUGAGGUCCUCUACCAUUUCUUCCAUCAGCUGGAUGCACAGGCUUAUCAGCUGGGCGUUCUCAACUACGGCAUUUCCAACACAACACUUGAAGAAGUCUUCCUAAAAAUCACAGCAGAGAAUAGUGGUGAUCUUUCUUUAACAGCAAGUAGCAUGGCUUCUUCUACAGACAGCGAAUCCAUCUCAACAGACAGUGAGAACACAUUUAUUCAGUCAAGCCAUGUGAGAAUGGAACCAAGUGUGACUGGCUUUGGUCUCAAGUUCCAGCAGUUGUGGACUCUGAUACUGAAACGCUUCCACCACUACCGUCGUAACUGGCGGAUGGCCAUCACAAUUGUCAUCCUACCACUACUAGCAUUUGCAGCAGCCAUGGGUUUCACUUUCUUGCGACCUGAUGCCACAGAAAUGCCAAACCUUAUCAUGGAUCCAGCUUUGUACUCACCAGAUAAUUUUGCUUUCUUUCAGGACAAUAGUGAAGUACCCAUAGGCAAUCAGUUCAUGGAGACACUUGUGAAAGAUCCUCCAGGUGUGGGCACCACAUGCAUGGGAGACUAUGACCCAGGAAUAACACACAAGUGUUUUGAACCAAGUGGAUUCAAGUCCUCAGGACAGAUGGAGCAGUCCUGCACAUGCAGGGACACGACGUAUACAUGUGUCUCUGGAACUAAAGAUGAAAAUGUUAUGCAAAUGCUGUCACGACCAGAUAUCUACCUGCAAAACUUGACUGGCAAAGACCUUGACCAGUACCUUCUCUUGUCGUCUUACAAAUAUGCAGAAAACAGAUUUGGUGGUUGGACGGCUGAGAAGCCAUCAGAUCCUGAGAAAAAUAAAAUUCCAACAUACCGUGUGUGGUUUAAUAACAAGGGUUACCAUGCAAUGCCAUCAUUUUACAAUGCUUUCUCCAACAAUCUUUUGCGUUCUUUUGCCAUUUCCAAUGCAUCAGAAUAUGGUAUCACACUUUUCAAUCAUCCCCUCAUGUUGAACACAGAACAGCUAACAACAGACACCUUGGUUGGCCAUGCUGCUGAUGUUGGCAUUGCCAUGAUUGUUCUGCUGGCACUGAGUUUCAUCGUCAGCGGUUUCAUGAUGUACCUGAUGAAUGAAUGUAUCAGCCAUGAGCGCCAUCUGCAGUCACUAAGUGGUGUAGGAGUGAUCUUGUAUUGGACGGCUUCGUUACUUUGGGACUUGCUCAUUUACACCAUUAUGGUGGGGCUGAUGGUGGCAAUAAUUGCCAUGUUCAAGAACGAUGGGUACUAUGCAAGAAGUAAUCUGGGUGCAUUUGCCCUCUUGGUCUUCUUGUAUGGGUGGGCAAUCAUUCCUCUCUUGUACUGUACACUUCGAUUGUUCAAGAGUGCAUCAGCUGCAUAUCUCGUGCUCUUUUGCUGCAACGUUUUCAUCGGACUUAUCACCACUAUCAUCCUGUUUGUCAUCAAUUUGCUGCAGUAUAAAGAGGGAAUGAAGACAGUUUAUGAUGUCUUGAAGUAUGUGCUCUUGAUCUUCCCACAAUUUUGCCUGACCAAUGGCCUUGUGGAUCUUGUAACCAACCAGCUGCAGUACUCAGUGCUGGCUCACUUUGGUGAGGACACUUACGUCAACCCAUUUUCCACAAAACUUCUUGCAUGGAACUUUGUAGCAUUGGCAAUAGAAGGGUUUGUCUUCCUUCUCCUAUCUUACUUCAUCAACUCUCACAAGAAGCGUGCUCUUAGCCUGACUCGUGAGAUGACCUACCCACCAAAAGAGGAUGAGGAUGUGUAUAAUGAACAGGAGAGAGUUCGCACCCAACUUACAGAUGAUGCUCUAAUCAUCCAGAGUUUAAGCAAAGUCUAUCGACAUGGAUUGAGGAAGUUCUGUGCUGUCAACCAUGUCAGUUUUGGUGUUGGAAAAGGGGAGUGCUUUGGCUUGCUUGGAGUGAAUGGAGCUGGCAAAACCACCACCUUCAGAAUGCUGACUGGCGAUUCACCUCUUUCUGGAGGUCAAGUCUUUAUUAAUGGAAAGAAUGUCUGUGAACUCAGAUGCUUGGGUCAAGAGGUUGGCUACUGCCCUCAAGAGGAUGCUCUUGACAGGUAUCUGACUGGGGAGGAAACUUUACUGUUCCAUGCCAGACUGCAUGGAUUCAACAGGGAGCAGGCAAAGCGGAUUGUUGCUGAUCAGCUGAAGAGUCUUCAUUUGGAAAGCCAUGCAUGCAAAGCAGUUCACACUUACAGUGGAGGGACUAAACGCAAGCUAUCGCUUGCUAUUGCUUUGCUAGGAGAGCCAAAAGUCUUGCUACUUGAUGAACCCACAACUGGGAUGGAUGCUGGAACACGCCGUUUAGCUUGGAAGUGCAUUACUGCAGCCACUCAAAGAGGGCAGGCAGUCGUCCUCACAUCACACAGCAUGGAUGAAUGUGAUUCACUGUGCUCAAGGCUGGCCAUCAUGGUCAACGGCCACCUAAAAUGUCUCGGAAGCCCACAGAAACUUAAAAACAAGUUUGGAGAUGGCUACACUUUAAUGUUACACCAGCAUGGCCUCUCCUUGAAUCACUUCAGUGUUGCUGAUAUUUUCCUCUCUCAUUUCCCUGGGUCAGUCAUCAAAGUCCGUAAUCGAAUAAAGAAUAAACAUCACAAUGUGGUAGAGGUCAACAUUCCACAAGGUACAGGCUCAGUAGCCAACAUUUUUGCUGCUCUUCGGCAGACAAAAGCCAUCACUCACAUCUUGUACUAUUCACUGACACAGACGACAUUAGAUGCUGUUUUUGUUGGCUUUGCUCAAGAGCAGACUGAGGGUGGUGAACCAGAUUGGAUCAGCGACAGUGGCAGCAUAGGCAGCAGUACAAAUAGCAGCAUCUCAAGAAAAGACCAGAAUUUCCAAAAAUCCAUAACAAAUGGAACCUAUGCCUACAUGAACCCUAAGUACCAUUCUGAUCCCAACAAUGUCCGGACUCAUCUUUGUGACGGACCAAAUCAUGGGGCUUUGGCAUUUGAUAACUCAGCCUAUGACACAGAAUUGAUUUCCAUCAAGUUGUAGACUUUUAACAGUCUUGGCACAUGAACAAUAAUUGUGGAAAUGACUACUCGGCUUGCUCAAGAAACUUGACAGGAAUAUUCCACACUGUCUGCAUCGCACAAAAAGGCUGAUCUAGAUCGAGAAGUCCUUUUGAUAAGUUGCUUUGAAGCAUGAAUAUAUCAUAUCAUAUGCACAAUCUAUUAAUUUCUGUUGUAAAAUCAAGGAAAAUUUUUUUUGUUUUGUAUUAUAAUUUAAUCACUUAUUGCCAAAAUGACAUUUAUACUGUGGCUGGCCAUGGUAUAUCAGAAUAAAUAUAUUUACGUCAGACGCUGCAACUAGCUAAAUUGCACAAUGAGAUCAGCUUUAUCUUACGCAGUUUCAUGGGUAAUUAGUCUGCGGCAUUGAACAUGUUAGGCAAAUUAGCCCCUCCAUUAUCCAGCAUUUUUUUGGGGUUUUUUUUUUGGCAUUUAUAUUUGUUAAUAAUUAGGUGUGUAUCAGUAGCCUGGCAGUGACUGGCACACAGAGUGAGAUUGAUUGCGCUCUUGGUGCAUAAUGGCACUGGCAUACAGGAGCAUCACAAAAGGGUAGGCCCUGUGAUAGGUUUAUAAGGGCAGAGCUGCCACAAGACAGCAGACAUGUUCAAGAUCUGGUCAGCGUCCACAGAAUGAAGGAAAGGUAGCUUCAGCGCUUUGGUACCACUGUCAACUCCAUGCUAAAACUUUGGAACUUAGCAUUAGUUCAAGCCUAGUCAGAUGAAGGUUAAUACAUUACUGGCUCUCUAUCUGCUUCUGGUUUACGUGAAGUAAGUUUGCUUACUCGCACCAUACCCCUCCUCAGCUCCUUGGUUACAAGCAUAAUACAGUUUAAAAUAUUUUCAUUUUAUGUAAACACACAUGCAUGCAUAUAUUCACACAUACUAAAACUUAAAAGCAAUCCUAUUUUUAUGGCAGAAGAUCAACAAUAUUUCCAUCACUUGUGAAGCCCUCAUUGGGUCACCUGGCAGCAGGCCCGCUCUUAGCCCCCACGGGGCUUGAGGCACAGGGCAUGUGCGGGGCUUCUGACAACUAUCAAAAGCAUGGGGCCCUGGGCCGAUGCCUCGUCUGCUUGCCCCUAUAGCCCUGCCUGGCAAUCUAGCCUCCAGAUCUCACCAUCUCUUUUGAAUAAAAAGCCAGUCAUGUCUUGUCUUCCACCUCAAUCUCAUCUGUCGUCGUUGUAUUCUACUUGUUGAUCUGUUCUUUGCAGGAUUAUUUUGUAAUAUGCCCUGACCAUUUUAUAUCAUUUCACAGUGGUCUUCAUAGGGCAUAGAUAGUUGCCUAAUUCUAUUGUAUGCUUUCUUGCUGAUGUGGAUCCUAAAGAUUUCCUGCAGCAUUUCCCAAGUUUGGUCUUUUGUAGGAAGGCCAAUUACCAUUGCAUGCAUUAGUCUGAUUUCUUUGAGGUGGAGAGAAAAGUUAGUCAUUCCAAACAAAAUAUGAAAUUUGAUAUUCAGAAUAUUCUUUGCACAAUUGAUUUUUAAGAUGUUUAAUGUUUCUUGAAAAUUGUUAUUGCACACUAAUGCAACUCUUGUUAAACUGCUUGCAAAUUGUUUUAUGUUUGAAUAAAGUGAUCUUACCUCUAAACUGUUUAUGUUAAAUUGAAAGUUAUUUAAUGUACAAUAUAUGCUCUUUACCUAUUUUCAUAUAUUUUUUUAAUGUUUAUUUGCCCAUGUGAUAAAUUGUAAAUCUGUCCUUUUCUUGUUGAACCAAUUGUGUAGUCACUUUAAUAUUAGUGAGCCUUCAUAUUUGGCUGCAUAAGUUGCAGCUAUCAAAAUCACUCUAUAAAUACAGCUUGUGAUUCUCUUAAUUUUAUAAGAAAUGUGAUCGCAGGAUAGAGAAUUAAACUAUUUUGAAAUGG